GGAUUUAACAGCCAGUAAAUGCUGAGAUGGUGUUCCUGCAUGUCUGAUGGGAGGCACAUGCGUUAGCAUUUAGUAAAAUUUUGAAACGAAGGAAUAAAGCGAGUUCGCCAGUUCACCCAGGAGGACAGCAUCAACCACAAUAACAGCAUCAUUUGGGGAUCUCUGAAAUAAAUUUUAACAGGUCCUUGGAUGCCCCGCGGCGAACUGUCCUCGGCCGCGCAGUGCUUUCUAAUGGCCGGGAGUUGACCACACCCACCAAGAUGACGCUGCGCGAGCAGCUCAGAGAGAAGAUCUCGGCGGCCUUCUACCGCCACGGGCUGCUGUGUGCCUCCUACCCCGUACCGAUCAUCCUUUUCACCUCUGCCAGCAUCCUCACCUGCUGCUAUCCGUUAUUGAGGCUCCCCCUGCCUGGGACAGGUCCUGUGGAGUUCACCACAGUGGUGCGAGACUACAGCGUUCCUUCCCAUGAGCCUCAGGGUGACCUUGGAGAGCGCCCUGACUGGUACCGGGGUCCUCCAGUCGCCUACAUCCAGCAGGUGUUGGUGAAGGCAGCAGUGUCUCCGUGGGACAACAGCCUGGUGCCGGUGGAUGUUUUUCGGUCACCUCUUGGUCGAGUCUUCACCCUGCUGGAAGAGAUCCGCAACCAUGUUCACACCGACAGCUCCGGCAUUCGCAGUCUGGAGUCGCUGUGUCUCCAGGUGACAGACCUGUUUCCAGGGUUACGGCGGAUGCAGUCGGUGCUGCCGGAGCAUGGUUGCCUUCUUGUUUCUCCUGGCAACUAUUGGCAGAACCAGCGGGAGCUGUUCGACUCAGACCCCGACCCUCUCAAGACCAUCCAGAAACAUGAACCGAAAGGCUUGCACACCUCAGCCACAUUGCGAGAUUUGCUGUUUGGGGUCCCUGUGAAGUACUCGGGGGUCAGCCACUACAACAGGAAGAGAGUGGUGACCUACACAAUCACCGUAGUCCUUUCCAGAUAUGAUGCCAGGUUCCUUGGCAGCCUGCGGGCCCGCCUGAAACAGCUUCACCCGUCAGCUAACUGCACCCUCAGAGAUGACCACAUGGUUCACGUCCACUUCAAAGAAGAGAUUGGCAUUGCUGAACUCAUCCCCCUCGUCACCACAUACAUCAUUCUCUUUGCCUACAUCUACUUCUCCACACGUAAGAUCGACAUGGUGAAAUCUAAGUGGGGCCUGGCUCUGGCUGCUGUGGUCACAGUCCUCAGCUCUCUGCUCAUGUCUGUGGGUCUGUGCACGCUGUUUGGACUGACACCGACGCUCAAUGGAGGUGAGAUCUUCCCCUAUCUGGUGGUGGUAAUUGGCCUGGAGAACGUCUUGGUGCUCACAAAGUCUGUGGUUUCCACCCCUGUUGACCUUGAGGUCAAACUGCGCAUAGCUCAAGGCCUUAGUAAUGAGAGCUGGUCUAUCAUGAAGAACAUGGCCACAGAGCUGUGCAUAAUCCUCAUUGGAUAUUUCACUCUUGUGCCAGCUAUCCAGGAAUUCUGUUUAUUUGCUGUUGUGGGGCUGGUGUCUGACUUCUUCCUGCAGAUGUUUUUCUUCACCACUGUGCUCUCCAUAGAUAUUCGCCGCAUGGAGCUGGCCGACCUGAACCGCCGCCUGCCGGCCGAAGCAGGUAUGCCUCCACCCAAGCCAGGCCCCCUCCGUACACGUGAGGCGCCCCCUCCACCACGACCGUCUCCGCACACGAUCACUCUGCAAACCCCAGCCUUUAGAAACUUGAGGCUUCCCAAGAGGCUGCGCGUGGUGUACUUCCUGGCUCGCACGCGCCUGGCUCAGCGCAUCAUCAUGGCUGGCACAGUGAUCUGGAUCGGCAUCCUUGUUUAUACCGACCCAGCUGGAAUCCGCACCUACCUGGCUGCACAGGUGUCUGAACAAAGCCCGUUAGGAGACCCUGGGGGAGGCGGUCUGCCCCCUCACCUGGGAGUGGCCCCGGUUUUUCGAGGUGGGGAUCCUACCAGCACCUUGAGCAUCCACCCUGCACCAGAUCCAACUCCUUUACCUGAGAACCAAUCACAGGGCCACCAUGGCCCUCCAAGGGUGGGGUCCCUCCCUCAGACCCCAUCUGCUGUACCUCAGAUCACCUGGGGGGAGGAAGAUGAGGAAGGAUGGAGGAGACUGUCCUUCAGGCACUGGCCAUCACUCUUCGGCUAUUACAACAUCACUUUAGCAAAGAGGUACAUUAGCAUCUUACCUGUCAUUCCCAUCACUGUUCACCUGACACCCCAGGAGGCCAUUGAUGCACGCCACCCUCAGGACACGAGACACCCUCAACCACCCAUCUCCAAGGUUUCCGCUGACUUACAGACAGAUCUCACCCUCUACAAAGUGGCAGCUCUGGGCUUGGCUGCGGGUGUCCUCCUGGUUCUGCUGCUCUUCUGUCUCUACCGGGUUCUGUGCCCACGGAACUACGGCCAGAAUGGUGUCCCUCACGGGCGCCGGCGUCGAGGUGACCUGCCCUGUGACGAUUACGGCUAUUCGCCACCAGUCAGUGAGAUCUCACCGCUGCUGCUGAGGGGCCACAGUAUGGAUAUCGAGUGUUUGGCCAGUGAUGGGAUGCUGCUGGCUAGCUGUUGCCUGGCUGGACAGAUCCGGGUUUGGGAUGCACAGACUGGGGACUGCUUGACUGUCAUCCCAAACCAUGGGCUGCGGCGGAGCAGCAGCAGUGGCUGCUGGGACCAGCGGGAUGGCUGGGACAGCAUGACCGGAGCACCAGAAUCGGAGUGUUUAGGUCCUGAACGAGACGCUUCCUUUAGUGGUGACGGCCUGACGGAAGAUGAGUUUUACCCAGUAAGGCGACGCACGACACCCAGUCGUCCGACUCUUUUCAUUGACCAGCCCGAUCUCACCCCGCUCAUUGACACCAACUUCACCUCCCAGCCCCCUUCCCACCUCUCCACCCCACCCAGAGGAGGCUUUGACUUUGGAGGCCUGGUGGAGCGUGCCUACAUGGAACACGAGCCCCCUUCGCCAUCUACCUAUGCCUCUCCUUCCUCAGCCUCCUCCUCACCACCAUCAGGUGCUCAACUCCAGAGAAGUCCAAGUUUAGGGGAUGCAGCCACCCCUUUAAACCAAGAGAGAACCCCGGUAGCUGGGACACAAGCGACAGGAGACUGGGAAAGCUCUGUCUGGGCCAUGGAGCUGAGAGGGAAUCUAAUAGCUGCUGGGAGAAGCAGCGGCAAACUGGAGCUGUGGGAUGCAGUGGAAGGGUCGCUGCGCUGCAGUAAUGAAGACGGUGUCUCUGGGAUCACAGCUCUGGCCUUUCUCAAUAACAGAAUUGUGGCAGCUAGGCUGAAUGGAUCCUUGGAUUUCUUCACUGUUGAGAUAAACAAACCUCUGGGUCUGCUGCAGUACAGAGGUGCCCCUGGGCGAGGUAGCAUGCCUCCAUCUCCCUGUUACAGCAGCGAGGAUGUGAUCAACUGCCAGCUCACGCGCUCCGUACAGUGUGCUCACCAAAAGCCGAUCACGGUGCUGCGUGCGGCCGCUGGCAGGGUCGUCACUGGCAGCCAGGACCACACAGUUCGGGUUUAUCGACUGGAGGACUCGUGCUGCCUCUUUACCCUACAAGGUCACUCUGGAGGGAUUACAGCCAUCUACAUUGACCAGACGAUGGUUCUGGCAAGCGGUGGGCAGGACGGCGCCAUCUGCCUGUGGGAUGUCCUGACAGGGAGCCGUGUCAGCCAUGUUUAUGGUCACUGUGGUGAUGUCACCUCCCUGGUGUGUACAACCUCUUGUGUCAUCAGCUCAGGACUGGAUGACCUCAUCUGUAUCUGGGACCGCAGCACCGGGAUCAAGCUGUACUCUAUACAGCAGGAGGUGGGCUGUGGGGCCAGUCUGGGUGUGAUCUCCGAGUCACUGCUGGUGACGGGGGGCCAGGGCUGUGUCUCCUUCUGGGACCUGAACUUUGGAGACCUGUUGCAGACGGUGUACCUGGGUCAGAGCAGCGAUGGUCAGGGUGUCCGGCAGCUGCUGGUGCUGGACAACGCCGCCAUCAUCUGUGACUUUGGCAGCGAGCUCAGCCUGGUCUACGUUCCCUCCGUGCUGGAGAAACUGGACUGAGAAAGGCUAGCGGCUGAUAGUGGUGGGAACAAUCAGAGCAUCCUGUUUGUUGCUUUGUAUCAUUGCUCCUGGUGUUCGGACGAGAGGCGAUCAUUAGAUACAAGGCGUAUACAAUACUAUCUGUUCUAGCAGUAAAGCUGUUUAAAGUUUGAAUAUCAUGAGGAAGACGGACUGUUGCGUUUGAUCAGCGCCAUCUUGUCGACAUUAACAAAGGUCACGAGGUUUGGUUAAAGCUGGAUGUUUCUCACUUGAAGCCAGGCCGCCAGAUCUGAGUUUGUGCUUUUUUGCACGCGUGCGUUUGUUUUGCAGAUCUGCCCUCUAUGCUGCUUACACAGGGCGGGGUGGUGGUGUGUGGGGAAGGGCUUCACUGUGACCCCACCCACCCAGAGAGGACGAUCACACAAUCUCCUCCUUUUUUUCUUUUUCUAAAAAAAAAAAAAAUAUUCCUGCUGUGCCGUGCGCUCAACAGCGAAGUGCAGCCACAGAGAGCUCGACAGGUCUGUGGCCUGUAGGGAUGAACUGUGUGUGUGUGUCUGUGUGUGUGAGAGACAGACUGAAUGAGUGUAGACUUUUUGUAGUAAAACUGCUGAGAACAAAAGUUGGUUAUGUGUGAAGUGUGUGCUUGUGUGAGGGAGAACCAGUGAUUACUGUAUAAAGUAAACCUCCAGAGGGGGCUGUUUUUUAUAUGUCUACAUCUAUUUAUUAGGAUUUUUUUUUUGUUUGGAUAACCAUUUGUAUAUGAAUGACUAAUCCCAGCUCUUAAAUAAGACCAUAAUAAUGUGGAAAUUGUGACUUAAAUGUAAGAACGUGUUUGGUCGGCAGCACUUGGCCUUUGGUUGUUUGAAACACUGAUGUGUUUGUGGAUCGGGGGGCUGUGGGGGCGGAAAGGGUUCCUCCUUUAUCCCAACCUCGACCUCUGUCUCUGGGGUUACUGAUGCUGUACGAGGGGCCGGUUUUCCCCAUUGUUCCGCACCUUCAUCAGGCUACCUCCAUUUUUCAAGUAGCUUGAAUUUUGGAUGACUGAUGUUGCAUUUUUAUAAAUUUUGUGCUUUAGAUAUUUUUGUUUAGCACAGUUUAACCAUAACUGGUUCACCCAAAAGUCAUUUUCAGUCCAACUUUCCCCCGCUUACAGUGCUGUCCUGAGCUCCCUUCCCAGACGUCUCAACCCCCAUUCACACCUUUGUUCCAGUGACCUCAAUAGGCCACAGGAAACAAUGGAGCG